AUGGAAAAGUGGUCCAGAGACACCUAUCAGCGAGGAGAUCGAUGUCAAUUUUGCCAUGUGGUACUUUCUGAAUCGCUGUCGUCCAAGAUUCCAGCUCCAAAAGUGGGAGAACAAAUGUGGCUGGAUAACAUCGCAAGAAGCAAGAGCAAGCAGUACCAGCAAAUCGAGGCACUAAUAACUAGCUCUCGCCUGGCUUGCCAAGUGUGUGUGACGGAAGACUUUUCCGGAACCACGAUCUUUGUUCCAGAACCGGAUUCAGUUGAAUAG